AAAUCUACUACACUACCAGCAGAAGCAACCGCGACGCCCCCUACCCGCCUUUCCGGCGGCCGCCGCCCUUUAACCCCGGAAGUGGGCGGGAGAGGAAGCGGCUGGUGAUGCUGGAACAAACAUGGCUGCCCCGGCGCCAGUCGGCCCCUCGGGCUCCGGCUGUCCUCAGCUGGCCGCGGGCCUCCACUUGCUCCCGAUGCUGGGGCUGCUGCAGCUGCUGGCAGAGCCCAGCCUGGGCCGCGUCCACCACCUGGCACUCAAGGAUGAUGUGAGGCGUAAGGUUCAUCUGAACACCUUUGGAUUCUUUAAGGAUGGGUACAUGAAGGUCAACGUCAGUAGCCUCUCAGUGAAUGAGCCUGAAGACAAGGAUGUCACUAUCGGAUUCAGCCUAGACCGUACAAAGAAUGAUGGCUUUUCUUCCUACCUGGAUGAAGAUGUGAAUUACUGUAUUUUAAAGAAACAGUUUGCCUCUGUCACACUUCUAAUCCUAGACAUCUCCAGAAGUGAAGUAAGAAUAAGGUCUCCACCGGAAGCUGGUACCCAGUUACCAACGAUCAUCUUCAACAAGGAUGAGAAGGUCAUUGGGCCGAACCAGGAGCCUGAUGUUAUUUCUGUUUCAUCAGGCAACCAGACGCAGAAAAAGCAAGACAGUGGAAACUCUAAAAGAAGUACAGUGGAUUCAAAGGCAAUGAGGGAGAAAUCCUUUUCUGUUCAUAAAAAUGAUGGAGCAGUUUCAUUUCAGUUUUUCUUUAACAUCAGCACUGAUGACCAAGAAGGCCUGUACAGUCUUUAUUUUCAUAAAUGCUCUGGAAAUGAAUUGUGGCCUAGUGACAAGUUUUCAUUCAGCCUUGAUAUUGACAUCACAGAGAAGAAUCCUGACAGCUACCUCUCAGCAGGAGAAAUUCCUCUCCCCAAAUUAUACAUUUCUAUGGCUUUUUUCUUCUUCGUUUCUGGGACCAUCUGGAUUCAUAUCCUUCGAAAACGACGGAAUGAUGUAUUUAAAAUUCAUUGGUUGAUGGCGGCUCUUCCUUUCACCAAGUCUCUUUCCUUGGUGUUCCAUGCAAUUGACUACCACUACAUCUCCUCCCAGGGCUUUCCUAUUGAAGGUUGGGCUGUUGUAUACUAUAUAACUCACCUUUUGAAAGGGGCACUGCUGUUCAUUACCAUCGCACUCAUUGGCACUGGCUGGGCUUUCAUAAAGCACAUCCUUUCCGAUAAAGACAAAAAGAUCUUCAUGAUUGUCAUCCCACUCCAGGUCCUGGCCAAUGUAGCCUACAUCAUCAUAGAAUCCACUGAGGAGGGGACGACUGAGUACGGCUUGUGGAAGGACUCCCUGUUUCUGGUUGACCUGCUGUGCUGUGGAGCCAUCCUCUUCCCAGUGGUAUGGUCAAUCAGACAUUUACAAGAAGCAUCAGCAACAGAUGGAAAAGCUGCUAUUAACUUAGCAAAACUGAAGCUUUUCAGACAUUAUUACGUCUUGAUUGUGUGUUACAUAUACUUCACCAGGAUCAUUGCAUUUCUCCUCAAAUUCGCUGUUCCAUUCCAGUGGAAGUGGCUCUACCAGCUCCUGGACGAAAUGGCAACGCUGGUAUUCUUUGUUCUAACCGGGUAUAAAUUCCGUCCAGCUUCAGACAACCCUUACCUACAACUUUCUCAGGAAGAUGAUGACUUGGAAAUGGAAUCUGUAGUGACGACGUCAGGAGUGAUGGAGAAUAUGAAAAAAGUCAAGAAGGUGACCAAUGGCUCUGUGGAGCCCCAGGGCGACUGGGAAGGCACAGUGUGAUAGAGUUGACAUUGAGGCCGGCACUGUCAAAGAAGACGUUUAAUUUAUUGAUUGUCCCAUUGGUGAGCAAGAGCAUUUCCUGACAGUGAACUAUUGGCACCUCCUAGCAGUGACACAGAGCACGUGGCUAGGAGCAAAGUGCCACAGAAACCUGAUUUUGUACUCUUUUAAUGGAAGCUGCAGCUGAGGCUGGUGAUGGGCAGCUAGAAUUCUCCUUCAGGAAGAAGUGGUAGGGAGAGGUAGAGAGAUAAGGGGGAGGAAGAGAAAAGAAAGAAUUUGUUUUUCACGUAAACUCUUUUUUCAGGUGGGAGCUCUAGGGUAUAUGCAAUUGUGACCCCACAUGUGUGGCAGAGUAGAAGGAACACUGGUGGGAGGGAGGAGGGGUGGGAAGUGUGAGUCUGAUGCCAGUCAAGGUACAGGAGUGCGGCUAUGGGACAUGGUCAGGUGUCUGCUGAGGGCACAAGACUUACAAAGAAGGGAAAGCAAGAGUGUCAUUGCAUCGUUGGGGGGGACAAAAGUAAAUGAAAUUAGGUUAUUUUAGAAAGCAAAGUCAAAGUCAAAUUUAAUAUGUAGCACCUGCCCCAGCAUGCCUGGCCCUGAAUGUUGCCCUAGACCUUUAUUUCAGAGUUUGAAAGUGAUCAGGAUCUGACAGCUCUAGAGGUCCAUUGGUCUGUCCAAAAGGGCUGUCAUCCCAGGGUUGUAAUGUCACAGUCAGGGUCGUUGGUCCUGGGACAUAGCCCAGGGGCGGGAAAUGGUCUUGAUUGAGUAUAGUCUGUUGCUUAGUGGAUGGAAAGAAAUGUAUUUUUAAGCUUACAAAGCAUUCUCCUGUAGGAUUUUCCCACACACCUGGCUUCCCCGGCAGUCCAGGGCAGCAUUGUCUCUUGUUUCCACCCCUCUCUUGUGGCUUGAAUCUAUUUUGUAUGAUCAGAAUUUUGUGGAAAAUGGGAAGGAAUUUUCCUUAAGGAGCAGCUGGGGGCACAAAGGUAGUGUUUAAACAAACACUUAAGUACAAGCCGAUCAUCCUCAUUAGAAAUCUUUCCUAUUGACCAAGCAGGACUUCUAAAUCUGGGACUUAACACAGACUUGGUCCCUAUAUCCCAGGAGUAUGCAUAUGAGGAAAAUGAGUGUGAUUAAACAGUGUUAUACUCAGGGAUUUGAAGAAAGUGAAAUCUUUCAUGGAAACUCAGUGAAGUUCCCUCCCAAACUUUCAGAGCUUGGGGAUAAACACACAUAGUUGCCUGAAGUGAACAGUACUACAGCUCAAAGAUUAGUCAUUUGAAUAAUGGGACAAGAUUUGAAGGUCCUUUGUGAUCUAGGGCUCACCAGAAGACCAAAACAUGGCCCUGUCAGGAGUGCUGCUUGAUGCUUGGGGGCCACGGGGUAGGGUUGCUUCCAGAAUCUUGAGACACCCCUGCCUGGGCUUGUCAGUGAGCAGGUGCAAGGCCACCUGAGGGGGUGACUGUCACCUCUGGCUCAGAGGGCCAGUCAGAAACCAUGGGAUUUGGGGUCAUACUCCUAAUCGCAGAUGUGGAACUCAAAAAGUCUCUGUUUUGUUUUCUUCCCUCUCCACAUCCCUUCGUGAGUGGCCCGUGGGGAAGCAGGUGUUCUCACUGUGCACUUUUCUCAGCCCUCCGUGCUCUGCUUUUCUGGCUCACGUGGAGCAGUGGGCCUCUCCCAGGGCCCCAGAUGCCUCUGAGCAGGGAAUUUAGGGAAGCUUCAUGUAACUUCCCAUCUUCAGGAGAAGAAGGAGUCGCUUAAGGGAAUUCUUUUUUAAAACUUCACUUGGAACUAUGUGACAGGAGGAAGGACGGGAAUACUUUUAACACUUUAUGUUAUGUACACUUCCUGUACAUAAACACAGUAGGAGUGCAAAAGUGCGUCUUGUGUUACAACCACCCAAACCCUCAGAGGUGUUUCCUUCAGAAGAUGCAUUUGCUGUUUCUUCUACAAACAGAUGUUGUUGACAAGGUGAUAGACUCCUUGGCAGGAACAAAAGGUAUGAUGAAACCUUCCUAUUAGACAGGGUCUCCGUGGAGGUGUCCUCAUUUCACAUGCUGGGUUUUUGAAACAAGGAAACCAGGGAGUAGAGGAGUAAGAGGCAGGGUGAGCAUGUGUGGGGACAAGCACUGUCCAGCCCCCAGGCCAGACGGGCACCUUCCCAGUUGUGCCAACACAUGGUCCCGAGCAGCACGUGGUCUCCAGAUCCCACACACACCUCCAGGCCCAUCCACAGAGUGCCCAAGAGGCCUCAGCUUUACAGUGCUGAACUUGGUGGAAGAACAGCACGCAGAUAAUCAGGUACUCUUUUACAAGUAAAGUCCGCAGCUUUUCUAAUAAGCAGGUCAAAGGUUUGGAGUCAGGCUGAUGAUUAAGAAAAAUCAAAACCCCAGCUCAGGAUUAGGAAAACAGGUGGUGGUUCCAAGCUUUUAAAAAAAUUAUUUAAGCUUUCAUCCUGUUCUGUAAAUUUGUCUUCUCUUUCUCCAUAGCACUUAAUAGCUGUGACCCAGUGUUCAGUUGUCCUCAAGUAAAGAUGGUCCUGAGGUCCUGAUGGUCCAAGUAGUGUUACUAACUAGCAGGCCCCUCUUGCGAGUGGGCUGCUCUUCACCAGCCACUUGGGCUCAAUGUCAUGCAGAGUUUGAACAGUUAAGCCCUUGCAGUAUUUCAGGGAUUGGGCAAAAACACCGGGUGCACAUCACAGAGCCAUAGGUGGUAUUUAUAGCUCAGCUCGUGCUCCUGCUUGCGGUCCUGCCUGCACAGAAAUCCAUGUUUCCUUUGAGAAAUCGGCAGACUAAAAGUGCUGCUGGCUGUGAGAUGUACUGAAAUGUGUGUAUUUUGCUAGAAAAUUAUUUCUUGAACAAGAACAGCCAUUGAUCUCUUGAUCCUGCCUAUUAACACUGGCCAUGGAUUGAUUAGCCUGUUUCUUAGACCCUCAGUGCUUUGAAAUUUAAGUUAUUUAAGAUCUGUCAAGUUGAAUAUCAUCCUGGUGACUUGGUGGUCCAUUGUCUUGUAAUGAGAUGCUUGCUCCAGUGUUAAAGACGCAGCUGCAAGCAAAACCUGGGCCAGUUCCAUUUUCUUUCAAGAAACCACUUUUAUGUAAAAGAUUCAGUUUUUUUGUCCCCCCCAGACAUGUCCAGCCAGCCAAGGCAGCACACAGCCUCCUAAGUCCACUUCACGUGACUGCUGCGGCCAGAUUUCCACUCCCAAAUUAUGAUCUUAUCAGGAUCUCUUCUCUCUGUGUCCCACAGCCUUCUCUCUCUCAA